CGAUAGACUUAUCGUUGAGGGUCAAAACCAAAACAACGUGCUGCGGAGUAUAAUAUUUAUAUUCUGUUUUCUUGAUAAAAAUACAAUUUGAAGAGAUGCCACAGGGAAAAUUCAAGAAGGCCAAGCUGCCCGCAUCGAUACAGAAAAAGAAAAACCAAAAGCAGGCUGCCUUCACCCGCCGUUCAAAUGCGCCCAUACAGGCGAAAAAGGCCAAGUUCAAUGAGACGCAGAAGAUCAAGUCCGUCAUAUCGAAGUCGGUCAACAAGAGCGUGGAGAGCGAACUGCGAUCCCGCGCCCACGAGGGUUACAUCCAGUUGAGCAAGGCCCAGGAGGCGGUGGCCAAGCACCACGCCUCCCAGGCGAAAGCGGCUGCGGCGGCCAGUACCGCCAAGUCCGCGGAAUAGCUUACUCUAGGCUUAAUAUCGAUUGGAACUGAAAGGAUUCGAAUUCCGCCCACUUAACCAACUGCGUUGUCCUCUAAAGAUUCUCAAACAGGCCUAUACAUCCCAGUAAUAGCUGCGCAUUUCAGCUAAAAUGCAUUGUUAGUCUGCAGUCUUGAAAACCCUAGUUGAUGCUGAUCUUAAAGCAACCAUUUCUAUUGAUAGUUGUCCAAAUAUUCAAUUCGAAAACUGUUAGAAGAUAUAUUAAAUACCUUAUAAAUGUUAGCAUAAA